CGGAUGUGGAAUUGGUGGUCUUACCCUCGCCGCUACGAUAUCCAAGUUCACGUCCGAACAAGAUGGUAUCAUCAAAGUUGACAUGUACGAAUCCAAGAGCGAGGUAUCUGUUAUCGGAGCUGGAGUUGGCAUAUGGAAACGUUCUUGGCAAGUCUUGCAAGACUUGGGAUUUGAGGAAGAACUAGUCAAGCGUGGAGUCAAGGUCCCUGUUGAUGGUGAAUCUCGAGGUCCAAUCUUUCGCAAAUCCGACCAACCAACACCAGGCUACGAUUUCCAUGAUCAUGUUAUGCCCUACGGUCCUCUAGGUCUCCAUCGACCCACACUUCUCGAAAUCCUCCAAUCCAAGCUUUCUGAGAACUGUACCAUCCAUAUUUUCAAGGCCCUUGUCAGCUACACAGUCCACGCCGGAGACAACGACUCUGGUAUUACUCUUCACUUUGCCGACAACACCACAGCCGAGGCCGACAUUCUCAUUGGCGCAGACGGGGUAUAUUCUGCUACAAGGCACACAAUGUUCAGCGGUCUCGCCGAAGAAACGGGUAACAAGGAAUACACGCAAUACGCACGAGCAGAAUAUAGCGGAACUCUAGCUUAUAGAGGGCCUGUGCCAACCGAAAAGCUCAAGGAAAAAUACCCACAACACAUAGUGUUGAACCGUCCGAAAGCUUGGUGCGGAAAAUCCCAGCAUGUUAUUACCCAUCCUCUCGGUCCUUAUAUCGGUAUCAUUCUUUAUAUGUACCGCCCAGAUCUAUCUUCUCCCAGUCUCGCCCGAUUCCAAAAUCAAAGUGUUGUCCCAUCCUCACGUGACGAAGUGUUAGCCCUUUGCGAAGGAUGGGAGCCAGAGCUUCGUGAAGUUUUGGAGUGCAUCGACCCUGAUCCUUUGAAAGUGAGCUGUUGGGUUAUACAUAGGGUCAAGCCUCUACCGUUCUGUGUGUUGGGAAACGUUGGGCUGAUCGGAGAUGCUGCUCAUGCCAUGUUACCCCAUCAAGGUGUAGGAGGUGGACAAGCCAUCGAGGAUGCACACCUCCUUGGCCGCCUUCUCGCUCAUCCCAAAGCCGCUUUAUCAUCCCCUUCCAGACCAUCUACACUCCCCAUAAUCCUUAAACUCUACGAAACCUUCCGCCUCCCGGUUGCUCAAAAAGCCGCGAAGGCGUCGUAUGAUAACGGUUUGAUGUACGAAUUUAAUUAUCCUGGACUCGUAUUUGGGGGUUCGCAACCCGACGCCAAUAGUAGAGGUCCAACGCCGGAUGAAUUGCAAGUGUUGGGCGAACGCAUCGGGGAGUCGUUUACAUGGUUAAAGGAGGGAGAUGUCGAGGGCGACUGGCGAAAAACGGAGGCAGAGUUGGAGAAGAUGUGAUAGUUGCGAUACUCAAGAGUCCGGCAUAUAAUAGAAAAGAAAGAAAAAAGGAAGGGUUGAACCACCGUACUAGCCUCUAUAUAUGAGCGACUUUCCCGUGGUUCGUCGGUUUGGCAUUCACACUCUCAGGAAUCACACUCAAAGUUUGGCUAUCAGUAUGCUCACUAUAGCCCUCAAAUCCCAUUUUAUGUAUUGUUCAAAGUUAUAAUUACAUGACAUUCAUAUACCAUAGCUACUCAUUGAAGUUCUGAGUGUAUCUGUGACUACUACAUACUCAAAUGAUUGUCAAUGUUGAUGAC